AUGCUUUCUCGCGCCGCCAAAUCCUCCUCAUUAAUCCCCUCUCGAAAUGCUCUCCGAGUUCUCCGUCAAUUGGCCCUGGCCGGCUCAACAGUCGGCGGUUUCUGCACCGUUGCAGCCUUCACAUACGAUGCCAAUCGCCGAGUCCGGAUUGCCGAGAAAAUCAUCGAGAAUAAACGAACAUUACACAGCACCGCACCAAAUUACGAUGCAACAUCUGCUGCCAAACGCUUGAAGGUGAUGGUCGAGGCCGCGGAAGCAGGUGAAUUCAUGGGUAUUGAAUCCCUCAAGGCGAGGAACCGGAACGUACCUGACGGACCCCAUGAGCCGGGGUCCGAGACAGAGAAAACAAUUCACAAUUCUAAGCCUAAACCUCUUGUCAGCUUAGAGAAACACCAUGCUCGCACGAAACGUUCAAUCUUGGGAAGCCAACCAAAUGCCCAAUUCAAUUACAAGGACAAGAUGGACGCCCCAAGCUUGGCUCGCAAUGCCGAAGUCCUGGCCCGUGAGAAAAAGCAGGCCGAGAUUGCGCGAGAAUCAGGCAGACUCCCCUUCGAUGCUGAAAUCUGCAGAUUGUUGAAUGAAGAGCGGGAAAUCACAGCUGCGAACUUGUUCCUGGCGCACACUCGGCAAACACCUGUCAUCUCCUGGGAACGUAGAGAACUUGCGUGUCUCAUAUUCACGGCAAAUUGUAUCAAAGGCAAUCUUUUUGUUGCCCGGACUUUGUUCAAUCGCAUUGACAAGGUCAGCAUUGUCUCCAACGAGAUGUGGGCCACAUUGAUGCAUCUGCUUGCGAAGGAGGGCCACAUCGAUUCUGUUGGCGUCAUAUACGAGAAAUACAGGACUAACUUUGUUGUCCCAACGCAUCUCCUGGAGGUCAUUCUUCGAUGUCUAAUCGAGUCCAAACGGCUGGACUCCGCCAAGUUCCUCUUCUUCCAGCGGUUCAAGGAUGACCGUGACUGCGGUCUGUGUGGCGCCUAUCUCGAUGGUCUAUGGAGGAAGACCAGGAGCAUAGAGCUGCUGUCCUCCCAACUUGGUCUCAUCCUCAAACGUCUGGAAUCACUUGAUCGGAAACCCACCGAGAAACUUUUCAAUCCAAUGGUCAAGGCCAUGGUUGAAACGGGUAGGGGCGAAGAAGCCGAAGCCAUGGUUAAGGCGAUGUCGGCGCAUUAUGGCUGUCAGCCUGGAUGCCGGACUAUUGGCAUGAUUAUUUACAACAGAGCCCUCAACUGCGAAUGGGACCGUGUCAUGGACGGUAUGCGUGCCAUGCAUGAGCACGGGUAUACGGACUCAAAGAAGGAUUUUGCUAUCGUUUUUGAUCGCGUCUUUUUGGAAUACUAUCCAACUCAUACGGGCCAACAAAUUCUGGAUUUCGUUAUCUCUUGUAUCAAUGAUUUCGACAUUCAACCCGACAAGGUACUCCACCGACACAUUCUUGAAGCGAUUAUUGAGAAAGGCACUGAAGAUAUGAUCACAACCAUCAUGGAAAUGGCCGACGAGCAGAAAUGGAACACCGGUAUCAAUGAUAGGUUCAUUGAAUCACUCGUCAAGAGCCGAAAAAUCGCAAUGACCGAUAAUCCAGUGGGAAUCUGGCGGCUGAAGCAAGCCGCGAACCAUCGACAGGAUCACUUGUCUUCUUCCCGUCGUAUCCUUGGAUCUAGUUCUGAUACCUGGGCAGUGCGGGGAGACAAGAUUGCACCGAUUCACGUCCCCGCGGAGGAAACCUUCCCUCAGACGGUGAGCGAGAUGGUGGCAUCCAAAAAUGCCAGCUUGUAUGUUCCACUUCACAAACGAAUGGAGCAUUUGAUCAACAUGGGCAAGCAUACAGAUGCUUUGGCGAUAUAUGAUCAGGCGACCAGGGGCGGUUACAUUGUCAGGCCAGUUCAUCUGACACUGGCUGUGAUUGCCGCCCUGCUCAGUUGCAAAAAGACCGGUCUGGCAAACGCCCGACGCCUAAUCACUUCUGAGUGGGAGUAUUGGAAGAACGUUCCUUCUCUCCGUUAUACCAAGCGUUAUACUUCAUGGACUCCCAUCUUCUUCCAACGAGUCAUGAAGGUGGAUCCAGCAGCCGCUGGACGUGGCGGUUUGAUCAAGAUGGCUAUCUUUGAAUAUUACAAUGUAUGUGCCAACACAAACGGUCUUGUCGUCAAGCACUUUUGUGCUGCUUCUUCGAGCCGUUACCUUAUUGGCGGUGGAACGCCAGAACUUGCCGUCGAUCUUCUCACAGCGAUCUACCAAUCUCGAUGGCGACUGUCCCAUGGCUUUGACCAGGUACUAUUGAAAAUGCUGAUGCGUGCUUUCGCCAAUCUUGACAAUUUGAAGGGAUUCUGGUGGUGCAUAAUGACGGUCCUCUCGCGGAAUGAGUCCAUCAAGCGAGACUUUAUCGUGGAAGCUACCUCCCAGUUGGAGUCGUUGGAAAAGAAGCUCUUGUCCUCUGCAUCCCAUGACACUGCAGAGGAAAUUGCAAUUCUCCAGCGGACCGUGAAAGUGCUGGAAGCCAAAUCCCAGGGUGAUUCUCACUGGUCGGCCAUCAGUGUUCACCCGGAGUGGAAAAAGCUGCGACGUUCCAAUCCGAUCAAACCCACUAAGAAACAAAGUCUCCUUCCCACCACAGAUCUAGAAGAUCUCGUCAUGAAUUUCGAUGAAGAGUGGGAGUUGGAUAUGUUGCUCAAGCGCAAGCGGUUUGACACUUCCGAGCAUGCAAAGUGGUGGGCCGAGUCCAAUCUCGCGGAGGUGCAUAGUGUGCCCCCGGAGGAUCCCAACUACCCGUGGUACGAGCCGGAAACUUGGGAUGGGUACUAUGUGCCUGAGAAGUACUCCCCCGACUAUCACCUCGAAUUCUCACCAAUGGGGGAUCACGGGCACUAUCAAGAGUACGAGGAUUACCAGGGGCCUCGGGAUUGUGUAUAA